CUGCUGCUGCUGCUGCUGCUGCUGCUGCGUACUUCUACCUCUCUGCACCCCUCCCCCCUCCGACCCGGCUAAGCCUGACCUUUUCUGUCCUGCCUGUUUAUCUACCUGUCUUGCUGGCUGUUGCUGUUCUCCUCCGUACCUACCUAGGCCGCCUACCUAUAUCUGAGGACGGCUCCACCUUCCCGCCUGUCGGUAUUGGCCGGUCCUUCUAUCCUAUAUUUCGCGCCACGCUUCGUCCACCUUGAGAUUCCCACUUGCAAGCCCGACUUGGCUCGAACUACCUGGCUGGGCUUAUAUACCACUCACACAUCCACACACACUCUUGCACAGGCGCGCGCGCGUGCAGUACAUAUGGUGCCUUGCUUCCCGCCGCCUGCUCUCAUCCCUUCCAGCUCCCCCUCUGGCUUCAUUUGGUCUUGCCAUUUUCUUUCGGGCCUUUUUUUUUUUGCGAAGAGCCAGCCUGCCUGUUCGAACCUUUUCCCUCCUGGCCAACCUACCCUUGUCCGGCCUGCGCCCAACCUGGUGCCCUGCCCUUCCCUGCCCUGGCCCUGUUAGUCUGGCGCAUCUUCUCUCUGCGUCCUCCUGCCUUUUCCACCUCUUCUGUCUCCUGCUCCCACACCUGCACCGGAUCUGUCUCUACACUUGCAUUUGUAUCGACGGCCGCAUCCACGCGCGUCUGUGCCCUUCCCUCGCGCCUCCGCGCCGCAGGCCUGCGAAUACUUUGUCCCCAGUACCGAGGACUUCGAUUGGGAACCUGCCUGCCACCCAACGCUCGCUCGCUCGCUCGCUCGAUCAAUCAUUCAAUCAAUCAAUCAAUCACCAACCAGCUCGCUCGCUUGAUUGCUUGCUCCCUCAGUCCAAGCUUACGGGCGCUGUCUCUCGUUUUUAUCGCACACCCGCGACCCGCAGGCAAAGACAACUCCCGAGAAGGAACAACACGAAGGGGGAACCCCUUGCAAGGAAAAGAAGAAAACCAGAAGAAGAGAGUUGUCAACCUGUCCAGGCUCACCGUCGCCGACCGCCUCAGUCACCUUCAACAAGACGUGCUUGCUUGCUGGUUUUAUUCGACCCCGUGCAGAGUGGACUGCAAUACAAGGCACACCCGCAGCUCAAGUACUCCAGAGGUCCGAGGCCAAGGUCAUCGACCGGAGACCAGCACGACACUACUGAGGCUCACCAACUGCGAUCAAGUCCACCCGGCCAGGCUCGAAUGCGAUUCGACCCAACGGCUCGUUCCAAGCUAAGGGGCGCAUGACCCUUCACCAUACCUCUCACAUCACUCAGUCCUGCUUAACGCGCGACCCCGCGUGCUCUAUGAAGUCGCAGCCUCGCCAUCUCCCCAGGCAGCCUUCCCCACACGAGACCGAGACACUACCGUCACCGCCACCAUUACCACCUGGCCGCCUCUCUUCCCAGCCUCCUUGGUCUGAAUCUGCAACCUGUUUAGCGGUCCCGCUGAUCCUGCCAUUGCGAUUUCCUCUCCGCGAUCCCCAUCCGCGAUAGCCCACCUACGCUUUAGCUGGGAACCAUCCCUGGCACCGCGUCGACCGUGGUCACAAGCCAAAUGUUCCGUCAACGGACAAGCUCACAAAAACCGGGCGACGACCUGAUCGCCAACUUCAGGCAGCAUUUCCCUGAGGUGGCAGCAGGCUCGUCUGCCGCCCCCUCGUCAUCCCAGACAACUACAGCCGGAGUUCCAGGAGCCGCACAUAAUGCGCAAGACAGGUACGUGUGUUCGGGGCCUCUACGUGUUAUGCUUGUUUGGUUUUGCAUGGUGUGGAUACAUGUGCGCGCCCGCGCGCCCGAGAAGGGGAGUGAGAGAAAGCAUUUCUCCUGUUGGAGCUAUAUAAUGCACGGGGUGCAGGCCGACGAGAAAGGAGCAAUUACUUUCUUAACGACCUCAGCGAUCAUCUCACGUUACGCCGGGCCCGGCUUGGCAAGAUUUCUCCAAAUCUCUCAGUGUGUUGCCGCGGGAUUGCGAGGAAGGCGGGGUACAGGCGGGCGCAGCACCUCAGUUGUCGAGGCUCCUGUGGCUCUUGGGGAUUUGGGGGAAUCGGGGCUUCCGAGUCGUGCCCUGAGGGGCAUCUUGGACCACCUAAACCCAGCCUUUUUGGUCCUCUUGUUUCUGUUUUGUCACGGGUUUAGCCUUCGUGCACACUUUUCUGUCGUCCCUGGAUUGCUGUGGACAGUCGUGUGGACCAGACUUCGACUUACUGACUGCCAACUUUGUCUUUAUAGAUCGCACGGUUUGGGUCAUGAUGCCUUCCAUGACCAGGAUCCCACCCCCAGGGCCUCCAAUGAGCCCUGGAGGUUCACGCCGUCACUGAUGGAUCCCAACUCAUUCGCCUUCGCCAGCUUCGCCAACGCCCCGCCAGGCUACUAUACUCCAACGCCUGGCGGCACGAACACUCUGUAUCAUCCCCAGGCCGGCGACCUGCACACCCCUACCCUAUUUGGCAUGGGCCUGGGCACACCGCUUUCGAUGCCCACGACAGAAGCUGCCAUGCAGUCUGGCCCCGCCCCGGUCCCAGGUCCUAAUCCUGGUCCUGCGAUGAUGGAUAUCUCUGGCUUCCAUCACGGCCCUACGAACCUGCAUGCGGCCCAGUUCCACCAGCAACCGCAAUUCAACCCGUUCGUCCAGCCUCACCCACAGCAGCAGUCCUUCGCGCCCUCGACUUUUGUCCACCAAGACACUGGAUACGAGACGAUGGACCAGGAUGGCUCCCCCAUGGGUUCUGACCAAGGUGACGAGCGCAUGGGUUCAAUUGAUAGCGCCUUCCAUGGCCAGUCACCUAUGAUGGGCUUCCAGACCAGGCAGCAGUAUGGCAUGUCCAUGCCCAUGCCCAUGCACCCUUCGGCUGAGAAAUACCGGUUCCACGUCACCCUCAACGCGCCGACCGCAAUGAUUAAGCACGCAGAUGAGAUUCCGGUCACCUACCUCAACAAGGGUCAGGCUUACUCUCUGUCCAUAGUGGACACACGGCCCACCCUACCUAUCGCACCAGGGACUCGCCUCAGGACCUUUGUCCGUGUUUCGUUCGAGGAUGAGCAACAGCGCCAAAAGCCUGGGGUGUGUUGGAGCCUGUGGAAAGAGGGCCGGGGCACGAAUGAGGCCCACCAGCGUGGUGGGAAACUGCAGGCCGUUGAGUACGUCGAGGCCGGCCAGCCAGCGGAGGGGGACGACAAGCGCACGAGGGUGGAGCUGGAAAGCGCUUCAUUUGAUGGCUUCUCUGUGAUUUGGACACCUGGCAUAAAUGGUGCCGUCGAGUGUAAUGUCGCCGUACGCUUCAAUUUCCUCUCCACCGACUUCAGCCACUCGAAGGGUGUCAAGGGCAUACCAGUGCGGCUCUGCGCAAAAACUAGCACCUUGGAAUCCGAGGGUCAACCUUCAACCGACACCACCCCGGAGAUUUGCUACUGCAAGGUCAAACUCUUCCGCGACCAUGGCGCUGAGCGAAAGCUGUCCAAUGAUGUCGCUCACGUCAAGAAGACGAUCGACAAGCUCAAACAACAAAUCGCGCAAGCCGAGAGCGGCCUCAAGGACUUUGGCAAGCGCAAGCGGGCUGGAGGGUCACAGAUGAAGGGCACCGACGGCAGCCAGAGGCCUGGCAAGGUCCAGAAGCACAAGCGCACUUGGUCAAUGUCGUCAGCCAGCUCGGCUGGCGGCGGCGGCGGCAGCGCUCGGAACGCGCUCGAGGACGAUCUUCACUUCAAGCUGCAGACCUUGCAAGAUAUGUUUACGAGCACCCGGCCGGUGAGCGUUCUCUACCUGAAGGGCGACGACCUCGAUGACCCGGACGCGCAUCCAGUGUCGCUGCCGGGCGAUGCUUCCCUCGACCUGGUCAAGGUCGAGUCCCGGGACAGCACCGCCUGGAGAGACCGCAGCACGCACAGCUCCGUAACGGGGUCGCUUGUCUCGCCGUCUCCUAGCUCACUAUCGCUGCACUCGGCAGCGUCUGUCACCGUGCCGGGCGUGCCAUGGCAGGAACGUGCGGCUGUGGGGUCCGACCCGUCGUCGCGACAGGGUUCCCUCCAGCCCACCCGGGUCCCGAAGUCAGCGGACGCGGGAGGCCUUAGCGGUUGGAUCGAGGCGUUGGGUGUUGAUCCAUCCUACCGGCCACCGCCCGAGCGAUCGGCCAAGCCGAUCGCGUGCUUCUACGUGCUAAAGAAGAACGGUGCCGAAAGUGACGCGCGCGAGUACCACAGGGCCAUCUACCUGAUGCAGCGCACGCUGGCCGAAUUUGUAGCACGGAUCGCGUCGAAAUGGAACAUUGACGUCAAGCGAGUAUCCCGGGUCGUGCAUACCCUGCAGAGCGGGCUGGAGGUCGAAAUGGAUGACGACGUCAUCAAAGAGCUCUCAGAGGGGCAGGACAUGAUCCUGGACAUUAUCGAGCAGAAACAGCCAGUCAAACGCGAGUGGGAAAUGUCACUGGACGACGCUCCCGGAGAAGAAGACGACGCUUCAGGGACACAAACACUUCAACAACCUAAUUACGAGUUCCGGCUUGCCUUCUGAAACACGACUUCUGGGAGCGGAGAGGUCGGGGAGGGGAGUGGAGGAUAAAGAGAGGACUUUUUUCUGUGGUUUUCAUGGGGCCAAGAGGCACCUAGACUCUUGGGCCUUGUAAUCAUUAGCAGGUCGGCUCCUCAAAAAGAGUGCAUCAGCGAACACGAACACGGCCACAACUAACUAUACAUUGGGUUGGGUGAAGAUGUGUUUUUACGGCGUUGGCAAAACACUUCUCGAGAUACCAAGCCCCUCAUAAGGGGGGCAGUUUUUUGUUGUUCUUCUUGGGAUGCGCUUCCCCCGGCUCAGUAAUCUGGCGCGAACAUUUACAUCAUUUUUGUCCACGGGUGUGGUAUGCCGGUGUUGCAGCCCGCGUGUGAGGAUCAAUUAUUGGGGUAGGGGUAAGGACAAGGACGGGAUGCGUGGUGGACCAUCAUAGGCGCACAUAGGUUGGAAAUAUUCUGGCCGAGAAAGACCAGACCAAUAUAGGAGCGAUGAAGUUGGUGUCAUGGUAGUAGCUGAGCCCACACAGGAUCGUGAAACCUGUCCAUGCCACCCGGUAGAUUGGAUUUGGGUGCUGCACACAAGGGCGAGGAGCUCUCGCCCCCCCCCCCCCGGCCGGCCUCCCCUCGGCGUAACGCUCUUCAAGAUGCCGGGAGCUGCCCGGGGAAGGGUGAGAGUGACUGAAUGAAUGAUGCCUGGCUGCAGCAGGUGUUGAUUGUGGUACAAGGGGCAGAUAGAUGGUGGCGCCCAAAGGGUAUGCUCAUCUCCGGCAACGCCAUGUCGUCUCGUCAGGUGCAGCCGUUGUUCCUGGCGGCAUACCUCAAUCUGCACCUCAGGGGGGCUAUAAUGUUGUGGACUGUACAUCUUAUCCACCGUGGGCCAGAGUCACAGGUCUGGCGCGUGGUGCAACUCGGUUGUGCUGACGGGCUGCUGAUUCAACCAGAGCCCUGGUUAUUCACUCACGGGUUGACGCAUACCAGUCUACCCAAGUACCUAGAUAUGUACUUGAGUACUUAGGAACGCCAUCUUAGUGCCCACAACUGGCUACUACACAGUACUACUACCUAUUACUGCCAUCACCACCACCAGUGCCACCAUUUGCUUGUGCACUGCCGGGGCACAUGUAGUCCUUUCUUCCUUGAGUGGCGCCAUCAACGGCCAUCGGGACCUAAGGAAGAAACAGACAGCGAGGAGGGGGCUGUCUACAUUCUCUGGCCUUGAAGUGUACACAAGCAACAGAUCUCUCACCUCUAUCACCUCUCUCGCGCUCUGCACUCUACACUCUCACACUCUACACCUACACACACGCACGCGCGCACACACAAACCUAGAUAGAGACAAAGGUUGAGAGCGAGCUGAUCAACCUACACAGUACCUCCCCGGGGCGGGGUUGCCAUUCUCGCUCGGAGAUUCCAUGCCGGGCGGACGGACUAUUUGAAGUUUGAUGAGGCCGGGCGGACCAGCCUAGCCAAGAUGGCUGGAUGCCUGCUCUGGGCCGUGUGCGAGUGGUGAUUGGGAGGAAAGCCACGAGGCGCUAGGCACGGGUAAUUUCGCCUGUCAGUCUCCUUAUUUCAUUCUAGGGUGGUGUUUUAGUGGCCCAGCAGCCCCGGGCGCUGGACUGACAGACUGACUGAUGUCGUCGGCGCGGCAGCGUGAAACUAGACUAAUAUAGCUGCACACCGUCACCGGCUGUCACGACUGACCGGGGUAAGCCGGCCGGCGGGUGUUCCUGACGAUGCUAAAGUGCACUGAAAGGUGACCUAUAAAAUAAGCUCAUAUAUGGUGCGUGUUGCUUGCAGGACAGGGCUGUCGGACGAGACGCUUUGGGACAAAGUCCCGCGCCAAGUUGAGGCCAGGUCGCUGUGAUGGCCCGCCGUACUGUGAGAUACAAGGUUGCGGCCGUCCCUGGGGAUCCUUGCGAGCAAUGUUGUGAAGCAGACACCCAACACUCAGACACAUUGACGUUUAUGUGAGCCCCCAACCGCCACCCGCAGGCAACAAACAGUGGAGUGCUUGAAGGUCGGCACUGCUUGUCUCUCGGUUCGUCGGCACAGAGUAGCAUCGAUGGGCCAGGGCGGCAAGGCGGAUGGACACGUCGGCCACGUACCAAUCACCUGCCCGAAGGGUCGCCCCAAAACGACAAACACCAGCCAGCAGCGCCUUUGCUCUCACGGACUGAGGCCGCCGGUCAUGGCCCGUCAUUUCGAACACCCGAGCUGCCGAGCAAACUGGCCACACGGCACUACGGAAGCGAAGCAACAGCGAGGACCGGCGCGUCUGGACCCGGACGGAUUGUGGGAAAGGAACGUGCAGAGGGCCUGGCAGUAUGACGGGCCUGCGGGCCAUGACGGGGUGACGUCGAAUGGCCGGUCAAGCCACAGUGAUCGACACUCUGGGCUCCCGUCCCCAGAUGUGGCGAAGGUUGCGCGUCCAGGGAAAAGGAUCUGGCUGCCAUGCUGCCAUGGUCGGUCGGUUGAUAUCUGUAUGGCUCUCGCGUGGCCACACACCGCCAGCGACUGGGCGACCGGGUGACAAGGUGAGUGAGACAGGACCCCCAAUGACGGCCCGUCGACGUGGACGUGUGUUUGGGGGACUCGCAAAGCUCACGUGUGGCAGACUAGACUGCUGGGAGACUGCUGGGUACUCGGUACUCGGUACAUGGCAGCACCGGGUGCGGGCACUCGCCACACUCGCUCUGGACCACCAGUGGCUUGCACCCAGACAGCCAGACAGCCAGACAGCCAGACAGCCCAGAUUGGAGGGGGCGUGUAGGGCAGCGGGUCAAGGAGAGGCUCGAGAGGGUGCGAGCGCAGUGAACCGACAGGAUCGCCCUGAUCGCCCUCAACCACAGGCCGCGAACCGGUGGUAGCAGCAGAUUGGCGGCAGACGGGCAGACGGCUGGACGGGUCUGCUGGUACGCCAGUUGGCCAGCUAGCUUGCCUGCUUGCUAGCAGGCCAGCCAGUCACGCUUCAGGCCCCCCCGGCUCCCGUCACGUCGGGGCAGCAUGACGCUCCCAGAUGUGGGUGGCCGUCUGCCGAUCAGAGGAGGCACAUGGGCCCGGCCGAGGGCAGCAGGACCGGGGGCAGCAGCACCGGGGGGCCCUCAGCCACAGCAAGCAUCGAGCAUGCCACAGACAGGUACUUGGAUCCCUCGUACCCGACCAGCCAGGCCAGCCCGACGUGCCAGGUGCUCAGGGUUGUCAGGCUGCCUGGCUGCUCGACGCAAGGCCGUGGCAGCGUGGGCGUGGGACGACAUGUCUUGGCGUCACCAGCCACACUUGUGGUCUCCUCGUUGGGGAUCGUCAGUACUAGGCGAAAUACGGAGUACAGCUCUGUCCAUCUGCAUCUGCAGCCGCGCAGCCCAUGCCGAAGCCUAUGCUGCAUGUUUCAGCUGCCCAUGCCGUGGCCUUGUCCUCUCCGGUCGUGCAGAUACGCUGCC